UCCAAGGCUCAGAAGAGAACACGUGAGAUUGCGAUACAGCGCUCUCAGGAGGAAUUCGCCACUGUCCCUCACACAUUCGUCUUCAGCCGAGGACAAGUGGGUCUGAAUGUUCACCAGCUGAUCACUGACCUCAGACGGAUCAUGGAGCCUUACACAGCCCGGAACCUGAAGGUACAGAAGAAGAACUUGCUGAAGGAUUUUGUCUCUGUGGCUGGGCCGCUCGGCGUCACACAUUUUUUAGUUUUUACCAAAUCAUCGACAAGUGUGAACUUUAAAGUUGCCCGUUUGCCAAGAGGCCCCACGCUCACGUUCAAGGUUCACCAGUAUUCCCUGGUAAAGGAUGUAGUCUCCUCCCUGAAGAGACACCGGAUGCAUGAGCAGCAGUUCCUCCAUCAUGCGUUGUUGGUGCUGAGUAACUUUGGAGGAGAUGGGAUGCACAUUAAGCUGAUGGCCACUAUCUUCCAGAGUAUGUUCCCCUCCAUCAACGUCUAUAAGGUCAGUCUGAACACGGUUAAACGGUGUGUUCUGAUUAAUUACAACUCCAGUACACAGAGGGUCGACAUCAGGCACUACUCCAUUAAAGUGAUUCCUGUCGGGAUGAGCCGAGGAAUGAAGAAGCUGCUUCAGGAGAAAUUCCCGAACAUGAGCAGGUUUGAGGAUAUCAGUGAGAUGCUGAUCAAGGGAGCCAAUCUGUCUGAGAGUGAAGCUGAACUGGACGGAGAGCACAACAUUACAGAGCUGCCACAUGCCUGUGCAGGCCGGGGGAACCUGAAGACCCAGCAGAGUGCCAUUCGACUUAUUGAGAUUGGCCCUCGGCUGACCCUGGAGUUGGUGAAGAUUCAGGAGGGGAUGUGCGAUGGAGAAGUGAUGUAUCACUCAUUCAUUCAAAAGACAGAGGAGGAGCUGCAGGCGGUGCUUCAGCGGCGAGAGAAACGGCAGAAACUGAAAGAGGAAAGACGCAGAAAACAAGAGGGAGACAUUCGCCGUAAACAGAGGGAGCAUGAGCUACACAGGAAAAGAAGUCUGGCUGGAAUGAGGAAGAAUGCUGAGGGUGCCCAAGAUGAAGACGAGGUUGAGGAUCCGUGUACUGAGGAGACGGGAGUUCAGAGUGACCAGUCUAACAAUGAUUCAGACCGAGAGUAUUAUCGCCAGGAAGUCGGAGUUGAACCAGAUGAUGACCUAUUUCCAGGAGCUUUGCAGAGAAAAAGGAAGAGGAACAAAUCCCCGCACUCGGUCAGGAAACGGGCAAAGGAUCCCGAGGAAGUAGCUAGCAAGAGGCCCACCAGCCCAGACUCGGGCAGAACCAAAAAGAGGAGGAUACAAGGGAGGAAACUCCGACUUGUUGAGUCUCGCCUGAUCCACUCCAAAUUCAGGGGCUCUGUGCUCAAGAAUAAAGGUCAUCAAGGUCAGAGUUCCAAGGCCAAGGGUCAAUCUCUGAGGAAAGGCAAAAUGAGGCGUGUUCAAACUGAAACGCUGUUGAAUCCAGAAGCUCAGGAUCAGCUGAGUAACGGUGUCAAAGGACAAGUGGAAAUGGCGGAGAGAGUGAAAACGUCAACCAAUGCUUCAUUUGCUGAUGUCCAAAAAGCAUUACUGCCUCCAAUAUUCAGCAUUGAGUUCAUGUGGGCUUUUAUCGCCAACUCUCUGGCUAUCUGGUUCUUCCUGAGCAGGGUUAAGACCUGGCACACUGGUAUCAUCUUCGCCUUUACCCUCGCAGUGAAUGACCUGGUGUACAUCACCACCUUGCCUCUCCUGAUUGUUUAUUACUCCAACGAUAAGGACUGGAUCUUUGGGCAGGCACUUUGUAAGAUCGAACGCUUCCUGUUCACCUGUAACCUGUACGGGAGUAUGUUCCUGAUCACCUGUAUCAGCGUUAACCGCUACCUGGGGAUUGUUCACCCCCUGUUUACCCACAAGUACAUCCAGCCCAAACACGCCUGGUUGGUCAGUCUGCUCGGCUGGACUCUCUCCAUCGUCAUCACGUCCCCGACAUUUGUCUUCUCUGAAGUGGAAAUGGCCAGGAACAGAAGCGAGUGUUUGGGCUCCUCCAGCGAUGAGCAGCUCCCACGGUAUUUCUCCUACAGCCUGUUCCUUGCUGUUUUCGGCUGUGCCCUGCCCUUUGCAGUGACUGCCUUCUCCUACGUUUGUAUAUUCUGGAAGGUGCACAGCAGUCAGACAGUGACAGGCUCAGAGAGGAGGCAGGUUGCUCUGCUGGUCUGUGCUGUCAUUGUGUUGUACAUUGUAUCCUUCAUCCCAUUCACCAUCCUGAGAAACAUUAACCUAUACCGCCGCUUACACGACCUGGACAAGGGGAGGCCCAGUGACAUAUACACCGUCUACCAGGUGAGCAAGUGUCUGCUCACUCUCACCAUGUGUAUCCACCCCCUGGUGUAUGCUGCCAUCCUCAACAAUGUCAGGGAGGUGUGUCAGAGGUGCACACAUAGCAUUGUCAGUACAGAGGUAACACAGUGUUAACCACCUUCUAUUCAUGUCUCCCCAUGGCCUGCCCACUUACCCACAACUCAGGAGGGUCAGGGAAUACUGCCCACUUACCCACAACUCAGGAGGGUCAGGGAAUACUGCCCACUUGCCCUGGAUGAGCAACAACACUCAAGGAGCUCAACACCAUCCAGGACAAAGCAGCCCUGUUGAUUGGCACUGCAUCCCCUCCCUCUGCCCCCCGACGCUCAGUGGCAGCAGUGUGUACUACCUAGAUGAUGCUGUGUAGACAUGCCCCAAAGAUCCUGUGAUGCUAGAGGGCAUCAACCACCCGGAGACACCUUGGAAAUGCCGUAAAACUUGCAGCAGUUCAAGAAAGCAACUGACCCCCACCUCCUCCAGGCCAGAUAGCAAUGGGCAAUAAACACUGGCCCAGCCAGUGACACCUGGACACCAUGGUGAUUAAAAAUACAAAUUCUUGGGAUGUUAGGGGGUGGACAUUUAUUAAGCAGCCCUCCUGGUCCUGGAUUCAUGUGGGUGGUUCACUCAGUCAUUAACUCAUCUCAUCUCACCACUAUUUGGCGAGAUAGCUCUCUAAGUCCUUAACACCUUUACAAUCUCCCCAUGAUUAUCCAGGUUGUAACAAUGUUUAAAUGCUCUGAAUUGAUCCUUUCCAUCAUGUCUCAGCAUGACACAAAUUGUACAGAAAUUCAACCCAACCUCACAUUGCUGAUGGAAUACAGUCUUCAUAAAAUAUGCUUCUGGAGAUGACAACCAAGUUUGAAUGUACAAUAAUUAAAUAAACUCCAUCAAUAUA